GUCGUUUAGUUUAGUUAAGUUCACCGAGAGAGUAAUAACGUCGUUUUUUGAACAAGUGCUGCUGUUCCUAUCAUUGCGCGAGUGUUUGUGAGUUUUGUCGGUCGAAAUUAAUAAAGAAAAAAAAAAAGAAAAGAAAAAUUGUUACAAAAAAUGUUAAUAGUUUAAUGGAGCCAUUGAGGAUUUGUUUAAUGCCAACUUAAAAUGAUUUCACCAUAUUGCCCCUCCUAAACGUAAUAAGAAAAGAAUUUGAUUAAACGGUUUUGUGCAAGCGAGAAAUAAGUGGUAUUAUUUUGGCAUGAAUGCCUGAGUGAGUGUGUGUGCGAGUGCCAUUUGUCAAAAGAAGUCGUCUCUGCUCUUGAAAGAUUAAUACGAAAUAAUUAAAAAGCGAAGGCAAACGAAAUGUUUUAUUAAAUUUAAUUUAAAGAAAAAGUCCCUUAGCUAGCCAUUAAAAAAUUAAUUAAAUUGUAUAUGUGUUUGUGUGGCUGUCGGCCGUUCGUCAAAAAAGAAGUGUGCAAAUCGUAUGGGAUUUUUAACAGGAAAAUUAGUCAUCCAACUCGUAUCUAAUGAGGGAUUUGUAAAAGAAGUAAUGCCAUCAUCAUCAUUGUUGACACUGUGCAAUGACAGCCCCCCCCCCACGGUGGAAUAUUAAUUAAAUUAUGAAAUUAAUUUGGAUAAUAAAAUCCAAAGUCCAUGCCACCCCUCGACAGAGUUAAGAACUUGGUAUCACCGCAUAGGUGGAAAUCGGAAAUCUACAAAUUAGUGGUCUAGAACUGUUGCUGGGAAAAAAAUUGAUCGAUUGAUUGAUUGCUGGGUGGUGGUCGGUGGGCCAUAAAACAAAGUCAUCCCCAAAGUGUGUGCCUGAUUAGAACCUACAUUUUUACAUUAACAAAAAUAUACAAACAAAAAAGAAUUGACAAAAGUCAUUAGCAAAGACGACUGAAAAAUAACACAUUCCAAUGAGAGAGGGAGACUUUAAAAUAAUUUGUAGUUCCCCCCCUUUGUCCUACAUUGCUUGGUCGUGUUGCUGUUGUUGAUCAUCGACGACAACGCAUUGCCGCCUCUGCAAGCAGAAUUAGCCACCGCCGCCAUCGUGCCAUAUAAACCAGUUUUGUUAUUCUCCCCACAAACAACAGGCGUUUACGGGAAGCUACAUAGGCAGGCCAGGCCAGGCAGGCACUCAGUCAGUCAACCAUCCAGCCAGCCAGCCAGCCCAGAUUUUUGAAGUACCUACCUUCUACUACUACUUCUACUUACUACGUUCGUCGUCGUUGUCGGUUGUUGUAUUACGUUUUAUGAAUGCGUUUUUAUAUUUUUUAAUUCUUAAUUCCGAUAAUAAAAAGAGAGCAACGACACACACACGGUCGGUACCAUCAUAAACCAGCAGAAGAAGGAGGUGGUAUCCCUCCCCCUCUUCCACAAAAAAAGAGAACUAAGCAAACACAACAAAAGAGAGAGAGAGAGAGUGAGAGAAGAACGCCAACAAAUUCACAACAAAUACAAAUUUUAAAUUGGUUUUUUUUUACUAUUGUUAUUAUUAUUUUCAACAAUCUAAGUUUCAAGGAAACUUAUUUGCAAAUUGACUGAACAUGGCUGAAGCUUUAGCCGAAGGACAAGUUCAUGGUUACAGUGAUAAUGACACCACUGACACAUGCCACUUACGUAUAGUUAUAAUAAAUGGACAGUCACUGGCCAAAAAGGAUAUAUUUGGAGCAAGUGAUCCCUAUGUCAGAAUAGAUUUGAAUACCAUAAAUGGAGACAUUAACAUAGAUUCAGUUUUAACCAAAACUAAAAAGAAGACUCUAAAUCCAACAUGGAAUGAAGAAUUUGUAUUUCGGGUAAAACCCACAGAGCAUAAGUUAGUUUUUCAAGUAUUCGAUGAAAAUCGCCUAACAAGAGAUGAUUUUCUUGGCAUGGUCGAACUUACAUUGGUCAAUCUGCCAACAGAACAAGAGGGUCGCACGAUAGCACCCCAAAGUUAUCCUUUGAGGCCUAGAAGGUCAGUAGGCGCCAAAUCCCGCAUCAAAGGAACCUUGGAAAUCUAUCAUGCAUUUAUACAUGAGCAAAGGGAAACGGUUGAACCGGAUACCAGUACAGGUGAAUGGGAACAUGUGGAAAAUGUUUCAAUGACAGGAGCAGCACCGGCGAAUGCCUUUGUUGCUAACGGCGGCAGCCAUCACGAUCCAUUGCCACCCGGCUGGGAGGAGAGACAAGAUGCCAAUGGUCGAACGUAUUAUGUAAAUCACACCGCUCGUACAACACAAUGGGAAAGGCCUACAACAAUGAAUACCAAUCAUGCUAAUAUAAAUAUGGAAGCAGCAGCUUCAGAUUUCCAAAGACGAUUUCACAUUAGUGUGGAUGAUUCAGAGACAAAUCGUUCAAAUGAUACAUUAAGCCUGGCUAGUAGUACCGAAGAGAAUACCGCAACAACAACAAAUAGUAUUACACCAUUAAGAUCUGCCAACACCAAUGAAUCCUCCUCCUCCUCCACCUGUCCCAUCCAUCAAAAUAAUAAUAAUAAUGAUGGUAACAAUAAUGCUGAUGAUGAUGAAAAUGACAAUGAUGCUGUCAUUGAUCCCACGACGGAAGAUCAUCGUAUCAGAUAUUUAUACAAUUCCCUGCGACAUCCGACAAGCCGUCUUGAAAUUUCGGCAACAUCUUUACAGAAUGAUUUAAGGCCUGUGCGUCAAAUAAACGAUCCCGAUUAUAUAAUAGAGCGGAUAAGAUUUCCAAACGGCCAACCCUUAUCUCGACAGGCAUUGGAAAAUUUACGCAAUCGCAAUAAUUCGUCAGGACAAACAUUUAGAGAGUCAUCGCAGAAUGAAGAUGGUGAUCAAACAGAUAGCGGAAAUCGUUCACAGACGUCGGCAUCAUCGACACGACGGAAUUCGGUGGAGGAUAAUAAUGCAGCUACAACAGAACCGGCUGCUGCCAACACAGACGAGGAGCCCCUACCGCCACGAUGGUCCAUGCAGGUGGCGCCCAAUGGUCGUACCUUCUUCAUAGAUCAUGCCUCGAGGCGUACAACAUGGAUAGAUCCACGUAAUGGCCGGGCCAGUCCAAUGCCAAAUCAAACCCGGCGUGUUGAGGAUGAUUUGGGACCAUUACCCGAGGGCUGGGAGGAGCGUGUACACACAGAUGGUCGUGUAUUUUACAUUGAUCAUAAUACACGAACAACCCAGUGGGAAGAUCCACGCCUAUCAAAUCCCAAUAUUGCUGGACAAGCUGUACCCUAUUCAAGGGAUUACAAACAGAAAUACGAAUACUUUAAGAAUCAUCUUAGGAAGCCUACCAAUGUACCCAACAAAUUUGAAAUUCGUGUUCGCCGUACAUCAAUAUUAGAAGAUUCUUAUAGAAUUAUCAGCCAAGUAACCAAAACGGAUUUAUUAAAAACCAAAUUAUGGGUAGAAUUCGAGGGAGAAACGGGUUUGGAUUAUGGUGGUUUAGCCAGAGAAUGGUUCUAUUUGUUAUCCAAAGAAAUGUUCAAUCCCUACUAUGGCCUAUUUGAGUAUUCAGCCAUGGAUAAUUAUACUUUACAAAUCAACAAUGGCAGUGGUCUGUGCAAUGAGGAUCAUUUACACUAUUUCAAAUUCAUUGGUCGCAUUGCCGGCAUGGCUGUCUAUCAUGGUAAACUACUGGAUGCCUUCUUUAUACGUCCCUUCUACAAAAUGAUGUUGGAGAAACCCAUCGAUCUCAAGGACAUGGAAUCAGUAGAUACUGAAUAUUACAAUUCAUUGGUGUGGAUCAAGGAGAACGAUCCCCGGCAACUGGAGUUGACCUUCUGUGUGGAUGAGGACACGUUUGGACAAAAGAGUCAACAUGAAUUGAAACCGGGCGGUGCCAAUAUUGAGGUGACCGAUGAAAAUAAGGAUGAAUACAUAAAACUGGUGAUCGAGUGGCGUUUUGUGGCCCGUGUCAAAGAACAAAUGACUGCGUUUUUACAAGGUUUUGGUUCAAUAAUUCCCUUGAAUUUAAUUAAAAUCUUCGAUGAACAUGAGUUGGAGCUGUUGAUGUGUGGCAUACAAAAUAUCGAUGUGAAGGAUUGGAGAGAGAAUACCCUCUACAAGGGUGACUAUCAUCAGAAUCAUAUUAUUAUUCAAUGGUUUUGGCGUGCCGUCCUUUCGUUCCCCAAUGAAAUGCGUUCACGUUUGCUGCAAUUUGUUACGGGUACAUCACGUGUCCCCAUGAAUGGUUUCAAGGAAUUGUACGGCUCAAAUGGUCCACAAAUGUUUACCAUUGAGAAAUGGGGCACCCCCAACAAUUAUCCUCGGGCGCAUACAUGCUUCAAUCGCCUGGAUUUACCACCCUAUGAGGGCUAUUUACAAUUGAAGGAUAAACUAAUCAAAGCCAUCGAAGGCAGCCAGGGCUUUGCCGGUGUCGAUUAAAAAAAAAAAACAAAACCAAACAACAAUAACAAUACGUUUCUAUGCGUUUUUGGUGUUCACACAAUCAAAAGAGAAAAUGAAAGAAAAACUAAAGAAAACAAAUGAAAAAAGUGAUGGUGUCGCUCCUAUGGUGGACCACAUAGCGACAAUCAUUAUUCCUAUAUAUAUUUAUAUAAAUAAAACAAAUCAAGGCAAUUCUUGCAAAAAAUAAAAACAAAAACUUAACAACGCCAAUGCCCAUAAAUGUUGCAGUCUACGAAUGUUUCUUUCGGAAAAUAAAAAACCAUCAUCAUACAACGAAGACUAAAUGAAAUAACACAAUAGACGCGUAAUUAAGUCGUGGCCUUUUUCCAAAAAACAAAAACAAAAACUAAAAACUAAAACAAAAAGCAAACAAACCAUCAAAAUUGUACUUAUUUAUUUGCCUGUUUCCCCUUUCUUGUUUUAUUUUCCUUUUGUAUAAUCAUUAUUUUUAAUAAUAUGUUUAUAAUUACAAACAAACAAACAAACAAAAAACAUACAAAUAAAUGCAGACGCAAUAACUAUAGAGAAAUAAAUUAUUUGACAAUUUCAAACAAACUAUAACUAAAAUUAAAA